GGAAAAAGACACACGGCAUACUACUCCCAGCGUCCCCUGCGGUGACUAAGAACUACAAUUCCCAGAGAGCCUCGCGCCCUGUGACUAGGAAGUACGGAGUGGCAACAUGGCGGCACCUGGAUCUGGUGACCCUUUGGAUGCUAAGAAUGGAAAGGCUCCGUUCGCUCAGCGCAUCGACCCGACUCGAGAGAAACUGACCCCCGCGCAACUGCAAUUCAUGCGGCAGGUGCAGCUUGCCCAGUGACAGAAGACGCUGCCACAGCGUCGGACCCGGAACAUCGUGACCGGGCUAGGAAUCGGGGCCCUGGUGCUAGCUAUUUAUGGUUAUACCUUCUACUCAGUGUCCCAAGAGCGUUUCCUAGAUGACCUGGAAGAUGAGGCCAAAGCUGCCCGAGCCCGAGCUCUGGCAAGGGCAUCAGGACCCUGAUUUGGAUGGACAUUGCACGGCUCCAACCUGCUGGCCCCCCUUCACACGGUGGAUGAUGCCCAUGAUCCUGUAGACAUUGAAGCCCGCUCAUAGCAUCGCAUUUCUGGCCUUCUUACUAACUUUGGACCAUGAUUGAAUCCAAGAAGUGAGGGACUUACACGUUUGACCACUGUGAAAGGAAUAUUCCCCACUUCCCACUCGCUGUGUACAGUGACUGAGCCCUUCUAAUACUUUGUUUCCUUGUUUGAGGAGUUUGCAACUUUGGCUUUUCCCAGACUCUUUUUUUCCCCCCCAGAUUUUUUAACCUUAUGGUUUACCUCCCAGGGGCACAACUAUUAUGGGGGAGGGGAGGCAGUGUGUCAGCUCUGUGCAGUGUUGGCGCCUAAAGUAGGAAAGAUAGGUCAAGCUGAGAAUAAUAAACUUGAGUCAUCUCUCCUGGA